GAUUGCAAUGAUUUACAGGUCAGGGGCGCGAAGCACCUAGAUCCUAUUACCAGAACCAGAGGAUGGUUCCUAGGAUGCCAUCGGAGAGACAAGGUGGGGUAGAUCCUAGGUCUCUGUCCCAUGAAGAUGACAUGGAUUUAGGCUAUGAAGAUAAUCGUUCAGCGCAGACUUUCGAAAAUCUCGAGCAGAGAUUUCUUGAAGAUAUCAUGAAACUCAGCAAAGAACAAACCGAUGCAGAGGACGCCGAAAAUGUUAGGCACAGGGAGAGAAUAAACACGAUCAGCACGCAAUACGAGGAGCAGUUAUACGCCCUACGGGCCCGCCACGCGAGUCGAAGAGACGAGUUCCUAAGGAGAGAAUCUCAAGCAAGGCACGAGCAAUACCAGCAGAUUAUUGUUGAAAACGACCCUCGAAGUUUCAAUGCCAAUAAUGCCCCCGACUCAUACGGCACUCACAGAGACCGUGCUCGAUUUUCUGGCAACGGUGGUGGGGACCACCACCAGGGGUACGAGGGUAAAGUGCCUUACCCUAGGGGCCGUUCGUAUGAUACGGGUUCGCGGUACUAUUGAUUUUUAUAGACUAUUUUGUAGCAUUAGAUUUUCUACUUAAAAUCUGCUUCUUUUUUUUUUUUUUUUGAGAAAGUUAAUAUAUGUUUGUAAUGUGAUUUAUAAUUUCCAGCUAUGAAUUGUCUGUAAACCGGGUAUGAAAUUAAUUGGGCCAUGGAUUAUAUUAUCCGGGUAGGAUUCGGGUCGUUUGAUUUUGUGGUAUGGAUUAAUUUUAUUGGA